AUGGUUUCCAGUUACAAGAAAUUGUCACCUACAUUUAAGAUGACGCCAUGGCUGAUGGCAAUAUUCUGUCUGGCAACCGCGGGCUGCACAAACGUUACGGAUCAGCUAACAUCUGAGACACAUCAUGAUCAGCAGGUGGCGAUCUUGAAACAAAUCAGAAAGGUGAACGAAGACGGUUCUUACACGUAUGGAUACGAAGCAGGCGACGGAUCCUUCAAGGUCGAGAGUCGCGACGUUCUAGGCAACAUCAAGGGUACAUUCGGUUUCGUCGACGCAGACGGCGAAAUAAAGAGGGUGUCGUACUCUUCCUCUAACGGGACAGGAUUUAAAGCAACCACCGUGUCGCCAUUACAGGAACACGUGUCCGUCGUGCAGAGCAUUCCGCGUGUAAAUCGUACAACAACAACCAAGAAGCCAAGCGUCGUCUAUCCUUCGUCCACCGAAGCGUCCACAAAGUCAUCGGUGGUUCAGUCGAUACCGCGAAACAGAAAGACUACAACAACCUCGACAACCACAACUACAACCACCACGGAGCAACCAAAGACUGUAUUCGGUCAUUACUUGAAAGGAACCGGAAAAAGUAGACCUCGUUUCGUGAUAAACGGCCAACAGAGACCGUUGGUAAUAGAAGAAGAAGACACAGAGGACGAAGAUUCGCAGAUAAACCGACCAAGCACGGAAGACAAGACUUCCACCUACAGAAGAAUCAUCUUCGCCAAACGUCCAGCUGACCAAACUCUUCGACCGAUCUCCGACGAGUUCGUAGAGAAAGAAGACGAAGCCAAAGUGACGACUGGAAACACCCUGCGAAGACAACUGCACGAGGAAACUACGAAACCCAAUCCAAUCGUAGAGACCAGCAGCGACGAUCAUUCCGACGUUUACGGCGGUUCCUUGUCUACAACUCGACCCCUGUUCACCACGACAACUCCACCGAGAGUUCUUCAACGCGUGUCACCAGCUCGCAUCGAGAGGCCAAAGGUUUACCUGAACCGCGAGAAUCUCGGACCAGCGAGAUUUGAGAACAUCAAAUACGACAACUCUAGGGUUUACGAAACAGAGACGAAGGCGCCUCAAGAGGAACACACUCAGUCCCAACCGGUGUUAAUUCGUGGACCUACUCGAGUUCCUGACAACAGAGAAUACGUGAGACAAAGCACCGAGCCAGUCUUCAUCAGACACCAACCAUCGGUCGCUGAUCAGUUCCUGCGUGAACUGCCAGGAGGAAGAAUCGUCUUGCCUCCUCAGCAGAGCGUCGAAGAAGAUCCUGCCUACAGAUCUCUCCCGAUCAACAGAAUCCUACUGCGUCCUCUACCGAGCCAACAGCCACUCUACUCGACGACCACCGACGCGAAUAUCCACUAUUUGACGGAGAAUCCUGCUCUUGCCGAGCAAGAGGAAGAUCCAAGAGUCAGCAUGGCGCAGGGAUACAUGCGUCCGAGACCUUUUCCACGACCUGUGAUCUUCCAGGAGCCUGAACCGAGGCCCAGGCCAGUUCUCAGGCCUGUCUCACCAGCGGUGGACGACAGGGAAUACCAAACGACGCCGGAAUAUCCUUACAGAGCGAGCACAAUCGCUUUGCCUCCGGAACCGCCGAAUCCGAUCGCUCCUCCGCUCAGCAGACGUGAUUUUCAAUUGUUGCUGAGAAGACUGCUCGUCAGCCAGUACGGUGUCCAGGCUCUUUCUUAUCCUAAGAGUUACCUGGAAGAUGCUUUGUACGACCAGCAGCCGUAUCCUUCUUAUCAGCCAGGCUUUCAGACCACUGCACCGAGACCAGACAUCGGCUACGACCAGCACGUUCCUCUUCAGUACGGCGAUCGCGUGCCUCUGAGACGUCCUGUGUACACCAGAGCCUUGAAUCCUGUCUAUCAGCCUCAGCAGUACGAGGAUUACAACGACGGAAGGUACUCGAAGAGGGUUUACAGGCAGAAAUUUUACACGCAAGAGGUGACCGACGAGGGAGACGAAAUUUUACCUGCUCCUAUCAGGGAAGCUCUGUUGUUGAGGAUGUUACAGCUGGCGAUUAAUUCGGAACGACCACCUAUGGUCUCUACGCCUGUUAUGACUACGACGACGCCAGCUUCUAGGUAUAGGAAGACUGGACCAGUUAGGAGCGUGCAGAUUAUUACGGACGAGGAAGAGGAGGAGAAGGAAGCGAUGAAGAAGAAAAUGUAA